UCUCGUAAGAAGACUUAAGCGCUAUUAACUAAAGCCAGCGGAUGCUUGCGGCUUAGAAGGAAAAAAUAAAAAAAAUAAAAUAAAAAGCAGCUCACUCGGUGUUACUGUUGCGAUAGCAACUUUUCGUUUGUGGAAAAACAACUUUUAUUUAUAUAAAUGUGAUUUUAUUUAAUUAGUUGAAAGAAAAUAGUGCAAAAAUUGUGUGUGUUGUGCAAGAAAAACUAGUAUUUGUUAAAAGAAAUCAGCAUCGAAAUGAUGUACGAUCGUCAAGUCUCAUUUGAUAAGCCGACACGCGUGGACGGCUCUUCAUACAUCGCCGAGGGCAUUGACAAGAAUGAGCCGCGAAACACUUGUCUACUCUACACGCUGAAAGAUCAGAGCAGCGGCUCGCUGGCCAAAAGUUUAAAGAUCUUCACACAACACAAUAUCAAUCUGCUGCACAUCGAAUCACGUUCUUCGGUGCGUGUGCCCGGUUAUGAGUUCUUCGUGGAGUGCGAUACCACAUCUGGCGCACUGGGCAAGGCCAUCGAUGAGUUGCGUGAGGAGUGCAGUUAUUUUAAUAUAAUUUCACGUGAUUAUAAGGACAACAGCGCGGCGGUGCCAUGGUUUCCACGCAGAAUAAGAGAUCUCGAUCGUUUUGCUAAUCAAAUUCUCAGUUAUGGUUCGGAAUUGGAUUCUGAUCAUCCGGGCUUUACCGAUCCCGUGUAUCGUGCGAGGAGAAAAUACUUUGCCGACAUUGCCUACAAUUACAAACAUGGCGAACCCUUGCCACGCGUUGAGUAUACCAAAGAAGAAACAGAGACUUGGGGCAUAAUUUUCCGUAAUCUUACAAAAUUGUAUAAGACACACGCUUGCCGUGAAUACAAUCACGUGUUCCCAUUACUGGUUGACAACUGCGGCUUCAGAGAGGACAACAUACCACAGUUGGAGGAUGUGUCGAACUUUUUGAAGGAUUGUACUGGCUUCACUUUGCGUCCCGUUGCGGGCUUACUCUCAUCACGUGAUUUUCUAGCCGGUCUUGCAUUCCGUGUCUUCCACUCUACGCAAUAUAUACGCCAUCCCAGCAAACCGAUGUACACACCGGAACCCGAUGUGUGUCAUGAACUUAUGGGACAUGUACCGCUAUUUGCCGAUCCCGCUUUCGCACAAUUCAGUCAAGAGAUUGGUUUAGCUUCGCUCGGUGCACCCGACGAUUAUAUUGAGAAGUUAGCGACGAUAUUUUGGUUCACCGUUGAGUACGGCAUGUGUCGUCAAGAUGGUGAGUUAAAAGCUUAUGGCGCCGGCCUACUCUCCUCCUAUGGUGAAUUGGAGUAUUGUCUCUCCGAUAAGCCACAAUUGAAGGACUUCGAUCCAGAGGUAACAGGUGUAACCAAAUAUCCCAUUACACAAUUUCAAGAGGUCUACUAUGUUUCGGAAAGUUUUGAGAGCGCCAAAGAGAAGACCAUUAAAUUUGCCAAUUCCAUUCCACGUCCAUUCGGCGUACGCUACAAUCCCUAUACGCAGAGUAUUGAGGUGCUCGAUUCGAAGAAACAAAUACGUAAUCUUAUGGACGAUAUCAACUCGGAGUUUCAAAUUCUGCAAAAUGCUGUUCAGAAAUUGAAGGUUUGAGCGGAGCGUUUGCGGUAUAUGAAAUAUUAUUUAAUAAAUAUGUAAAAUAAAAUAUAUAUAAUAUAUACCAAUAUAUAAUCGUAUAUGCAUUUAUUAGACACAUACUUACCAAUAGUUUUACUUUGUUUAAUGUUUCUUCAUAUUUGUACUGCUUGUUAUUAUUGCAAAAAAAGAAAAAAAAAAUAAAAGAUUCAAAAUAA